GAAAAUCGGAAAAUCGAAAAAUCGUGAUUACUGCUCGUUGCCGGUUAAUUUUAGACUGAUUUGAAUGCGUUUAUCUACUUAAAGAAACGACGAUGAGCAAGAAAGAAUCGGAGAAUGUAUGCUUCUGGUUGCCGAACCAGUGCACCAGCAAAAUGGACGUGCUUACGCCGCACAAGCUCGUGCUGGUCUUUCUCAUCCAAGAAUACGCGCAACUCAAGAGAAAGGUGGAAGAAACACAGCAGCCGGCGGAUUUCGGGGCGAAACAUCGGAAACGGUUCUGCCUGCUGCUGCUCAAGCUAAUCCAGCGCCCGGAUAUGCCGUACAAGGAUCUGUACGCCCUGAUAACAUCACCCGUGUACGGCGUGCACCCGGCACACCUGGAGGAGUUUCUGAAGCUGAUGAAGAUGCUCAAAUCCGUGGGCAUCGAUGUGCUGUUCGAUCUGUAUAACGAAAUCGAUAAACUGAUCAUCGGUAGCUCGAACACCUUCCACGUCGUUGGGCUGUAUCUGCGCAAGGUGUACGUCACACUGGAAAAGAUGAACUUCCAGGAGGUGAUGAGUCUGUAUCGGGCAUCGGUGGCGUACUACGAUCAGGGCAUACAGGCGCUACAGCUGGUUGACCAGUCGACGUCGGUCGCAGAUUGCGAGAGCUUCAUGAAAGGAAACGCUGUCGACACGGUCGAAGCGCCCCCCAACUACGGGAGUGUGGCUUGCCGGUGGUCUAUUAAACAGUCGGAGCUCUUCAUCGCCCAACAAAAAUCGAUGCUCGAAGAGGACGAAGUAUCUGCCCUUCCGCCGAAAGAGUUACAGCAACGGCUCAACGAAAUCAUCCAAGAUCGCCCUCUCUAUGCACCGGCCUACUUUCUCAGCUUCUUGAACGCGAUUCGUGUGGGGGAUAUCGGCAACGCAGUGGUUGCUUUGCAUCGUUGCUUCGACCGCACGUCGCCGGAAUGCUCGCGACCGAAUACUUCCGAAACGAAGGAGUUUCAAUACUCAAGCCUAAAUCUGGCCAUUUUACACGCCCAGUUCGGUCACCGAGAGGCCGCGAUGAUGGCACUGCGUGAAUGCAUCACGGUAGCCCAGGAGAACGGUGACCACACGUGUCUACAUCUGGCACACACCUGGCUGAACCUACUAGACGGCUUUCGGCCACCAUUUCCGGAACGAAUAGUCAACAUGCAGCUGCUGCAUGCCUGCUCGCUGCGUGUGACGGCCCAGAUGCGUACGGCCUGUCUGAAUGGGAUAUCGCCGGCUGAUGUGUUUGGAACGUUCAUGGCGAACGAUCAUCUAAAUGCGCAGAAAUCAAUGAUCGACCUGGUGGCGAAAGGCGUGGCCGAGCGGACCGCCCUCUGCACGGUGUACGGCAAACACGAACUAUCGAACCUGUGCGCCCAGGUGCUGCUGAACUCAAACCUGAAGUCCCUCGAUAGGAUGUACAAUGGGGAAGGCAUCUGUCACGUACUGUGCGCCACCGCAUUGCGACAGACGUUACAGGGCGAUUUCGCACUUGCCAUGGUCACGCUUAAUCAUGCCAUGAACCGGUUUCCGAGGUAUCCCAAUUCGCGGAACUGGCUCAUAACCGAUCACUUAAUAUCCGCCAUUCGUCUCCUCUACCGUGGUCGCUGGGCGGAAGCGCGCCAGGAGUGCCUGAUGUUCCAUUCUCUGGAUCCUGUCACGGCUAACCUAAUGUUGGCUCAUAUCACGCUUGCCAAGCAGGACUACGGUACGGCGCAAAAGUGCAUUAGUGCGCUGCUAUCAGAUGACCAAAUCACGUCAACGACGCGCGUCCGGGCGCUCAUCUUGGAAGCGAACCUCCAAGCACAGCUCGGCAAAGCGAAUGCCUUCGAAACGCUGCAUCAGGCGCAAAAAGUGGCUAACCAAUACCAUCUAGAUUAUGAGCGGGCUGUGGUGGAUCUGCAUCUCGCAUACUAUCUGCUAAAGUUCCUGUACGCACCACAACGUGCACUCACGUUGCUACGCGGUUGCAUAGCGACCUUCCUAACCGAUGGAACAGCCUACGAUAGAGGCCGAGCCCUGUUUCUGUUCGGUCGCUGUAUGCUGGAGGUGGUCCAAACAGAACCCGAAAUAAGUGAUGAACAGAGCCCCAGCACAGGGCUACAGCAGCGGAUGCAAAAGCAGCUGAACGUUGUGCUACCAAUGUUCGAGCAGGCAAUACAGCUCUUCGAGAAGCUGGAGUGUCACAGCAAGGCAAAGGACGUGUUCAUCUUCCUGGCUACCCUUUGCAAUGAGCUAGGGAUGAUAGAUGAUCGGAAUGGGUAUGCGUGUCGUUACAGAUUGCUCGAAACCGAACAUCAAACUCCCCGCCAGUAUCUGAAUGUGUUUCUGUAAAAUGGUGUUGUUGCAUCGAUUAACUCACCUUCGGCGACACCCGGACACUCGUGACACCGUAGCGAUGACCGAGCAGCGGCGAGUAAGAAGCUUCCUGGAAACCGUGACCGGGGUUCCAGCGCCAGACGCGAACCGUUUUGUCACUGUCGAGAAUGAUAGAAA